AUGUUACUAUGCAAGGCCAAAGAAUUGCCCAGGGUGGUGGUGCGGUCAAUGUCAUUCAAAGCGUAUUCGCCUCGGUAAUUCAUGGGCUAUUAUUCGCUAUGUUGCGUUGGAGGUUAUAUCAUGAUUGGUGAUUGGAAAUCAGUUCUACGGAGGGGUUGCUUUGCAUAUAAAAGCCGCUGGCUAUUUCUUAACCCAUUAAUCUUGGUUAGACGACCUGAAUCUGUUCGCAAAAGGAUUACCGGUAAUACACCAGAAGCAGUCAACAAUGUCUUACUACACUCUGGCCGAGGGCUGUCCCUAUGCCCGAAACAAUACAAGCGUUCAAGUUCGGAAUAGAUCAGGUGGUGGAUUAGUCUUGCUCCAAGACACCCAAUUGAUUGAAAGUCUGGCUCAUUUCUCUCGCGAGAGGAUCCCAGAGAGACAGAUCAAGAAAUUUCUCGGCGAAUCUGAUGUUGAAGGAUGUGAUGCUGAUAGUUCUGCCAAUGAAGACUGGGAGCUACCCACCCCGGAGUAUGUAUUUUCUGAACAGGCUCGCCUUAUGGAAAACUUUUACGGUCCCGACGCAGAGAACUUUGAUGAGGACAAGCUACUUGCUCGACGCAUCCAGGUUACCAAGGACAUGGUUGCGCUUCUGCGGCUCUGUGAACCGCCCCGACGAGGCAACCGAGUCAAUUGGAAUUUCGAUGAUGGGGAUGAUGAACUGCUUGAACAGCCAGAAGAGCCCGCGUCUUCUGAGGAAGAUACUCUGGUAUGUCCAACAGAUGUCUGCAUCAUUUGUUGUGGUGUAUCUCGUUCAGCGCCGAAUCCUCCUCCACAUAAAUUUUCUUCCAAGCGGAAGGAUUCUCUUCGUCGCCACCUCAUUGAAUCUCAUCUGGUUCAUGCACAUGACGGGAUUAGCUGCAAUUGGGAAGCCUACGGCAACAUGCCCAAGUUCAGUAAAGUCACUGAAUUUCUGGCCCACGCUGCCCAGGUGCACGCAUAUGACAUCAAAAUUAAACUCUGUCAUCUCCCUCAAAGUCCACAAAUUGCUUGCAGCGCUAUCUCAUCCAUUUACAACUCAGAGGUGUCUUCAGAAUGUGACAGUCAACCAAAAUCUGAGACUCCAGCCUCCUCUGUCGGCUUUGAAAUAACGAAUAUCGACCCGCGCUUGCUGGAACCCCAGACUGUCAACAUGGAGGCCCCGUCGAACCAACCCGGUACUGAUACUCUCAUGUCUUCCAUUGGUUCUGGGGUGACAAAGAUCACUCCAUGCUCGACAGAGAUUGCUACAAGGCGAAAAACAACGAAACGAGCGGCAAAGGCAGCAAGUUCCAAGCCAGAGCCUCAAAGACAACAUACAACGCGCUCAUCUCUACAUCACGACCACUCAGAAGCGCAGCCAGGGGUACUGAAAUCCUCCAGUGUCAAGCCUUUGCUGCGUCGGUCAAAGAGACUGAAAAGUUGAUAAUGGUGUGGUAUUGGAUGGUGAAAUCAGGAUCCAGAAGUUGACUGGAAGUAAUUACCUGAGUUGCUCAAGACAGCUUAAUUAAGAGAAUAAUCAUGGUGUUACUACCUGGUCCUAUGGCAAACUGGACCGUGGUGACUUCAGCCACAUGGGCUACACUUGCACACAGACUGUACAUGGAAAAGAGCUGUAGAUGAAGAAUAAUUG